GGGCCGUCGAUGAACCAAUUAGAGAACUGGAAAUCCGAGUCAAGUUUGAUUCAGAGUAAGAAAUAGCAAUAUCAUGAGCUUGAUAAAAGCCGUCAUGAUUUCCUUGAAAUGUCUUGUAGAAUGCAUCUUUCAUUCUUCAAUUCAAUUUUCAAACAAUUCGUCAUUUCUUGAACUUUUGUUUUAAAAAAAAUUUUCUACAUCAGUGAUUUGUACAACAUACCUGAGUCGGUUACACAAAUGGGGGUCCAAUUUUCAAGCAUGUUAACCCAAUUUUUCCCUCCUAAAGCGACCUUUACCGAAAGGAGUUUAUCUGAUCUUCAUGGAAAAGUUUACAUCGUCACCGGUUCAAAUACAGGCGUAGGCAAGGAACUCGCUCGGAUCCUUUACUCUAAAAACGCGAAAGUGUACAUCGCUGCGCGUUCUCAAGACAAGGCCAAUAAAGCUAUUGAAGAAAUCAGCAAUGCAUUUCCAAGCUCCAAAGGAGGCCUCGCUUUCUUAAAAUUAGAUCUCAGCGACUUAACUAAAAUCAAGGGAUCCGUCGACGAGUUCCUUGCCAAGGAAAAGAAGCUUGAUGUAUUGUUCAACAAUGCCGGUGUUCAGAAUAAUCUACCAGAACCUAGCAAGACCCCUCAAGGAUUCGAAUAUCAUCUCGGCGUAAACACUCUCGGAACAUUUGCGUUUACCAAACUCCUCACUCCUAUUCUGGUCGCGACAGCCAAGACCGAGGGCACGUCCCGAGUAGUGUGGGUCUCAUCAGGCGGCACGGAGAUCGUCGGCGAGAAGUCAACGGCCGUGGAUAUGAGCAAUCUGGACUAUCAUAUCGAUAAACCGUAUCUCUACAAGUACGGUAUCAGCAAAGCUGGAAAUUGGCUGCACGGUGUUGAAUAUGCCAAGCGAUACAAGGCCGAGGGUGUCAUCAGCGUCCCUUUGAACCCCGGGAAUCUCUCCUCGGAUCUGUAUCGUGACCAAAACCGGAUCGCCAAGGUGGCCUUGUCGAUGAUUACUUAUCCUCCUAUUAAUGGCGCGUACACGCUCUUGUAUGCUGGUUUAUCGCCAGAUCUUACAAUUGAGAAAACUGGAAGUUGGGUGAUUCCGUUCGGUCGUACUCGGCCGAUCCGAAAGGACCUGACAGCAGCGGCCAAGACCGUGGAAGAGGGCGGUAACGGUACUGCAAAGAAGUUCUGGGAGUGGACUGAAGAGCAGAUUAAGCCGUAUGUGUAGAGAGGAGGACAUGCUGACUCUACUUGGAUUGAUAGACGCUAAAGAAACGGUCGGAGUUGUCGGCGGCUUCGAAUUCUGUAUUAUUAAGGAUUAAUCCGGUUCAUUUGUUAAUGCGCAACAAGGGAUGUAUGAUUUUAUUAUAUUAGACAUUAUAUAAUACCACAUUCUGCUCAAGGAAGACGAGCGACGGUCCCUU